CAUCACAGCCUUCAAGGAAGUAACAGCAACAAUUCCAGUCUUCGCUACAAGUCAACACCACGCCCAAUAAAGACUGCAAAAUGACCGCUCUACGUUGCACUCUCACCUUCCUGCUGAUUACAAUCAUUGUGGCAACAAUUCUGUUGCACAGCAGCGAUGCUGCCUACAGGAAGCCACCAUUCAAUGGCAGCAUUUUUGGGAAGCGCAACGCAUUGGAUUAUGAUAAUGCCAAGGCCAUGAAUGCUGCCUGCGAGGUGGCUGUGGAGGCGUGUCAAAGUUGGUUUCCACAGAACGAUAGCAAAUAGGAGCACGCCUUGAGAAUGCACAUUAUGGGACUGAUCUUCAACUUACACGCUAUGAAGCAACAUAACUCUAAUCUUUGCUGUAACUGCCUAAUCACAACCAGCGACUAACAAUUAUAACUUAUCUUAUCUUACGAAAAACAAAAGCAUGUAUAAAAUGUAUUUAGUUUAGGUCAUAAUUCUUAUCAACUUAUACAAUACAUACUCAAUAAACUUAGAGCAAUGCA